AGACUAUUUUCAUUACAGGACAUUACAUGAUGGGUGGCAGUGACAUGCAGUUUUGCUUGCGAUGGAAUAACUUUGGAACUACAAUGACAGCAGCCCUUCACUCACUGCAUGAGGGAGGAGAUUUUGUGGAUGUUACUUUAGCAGCAGAUGGAAUGCAGUUGAAGGCUCACAAACUGGUUUUGUCUGCUUGCAGUCCUUAUUUUAGAGAUAUUUUAAGGAAUAAUCCUUGUCAGCACCCAGUCAUUAUUCUCCGUGAAGUGCCUAUUGAAGAUUUAGAAGCUGUGUUAGCAUUCAUGUACGAAGGCCAAGUAAAUGUGUCACAGACACGCCUCCACACAUUUAUGAAGCUUGCUGAAGUUCUCCAAGUACGUGGAUUGACAGAUGCACAAACAGCUUGGACACAUAUGGAUAAGGACUCUUACCCAACAAAUUUACUGGCAUCUGAAAAUGGUAUCAGUGUCAGGUUCUUUACCGGCACACUUUCUGUACCUUGCACAGCUAUUAAAAUAAAAACAAGUUCAGUAUCAUCACCUGUUGUUUCAACAUUCGCCUGUAAUAUUAAUGAAGAUGAAAGUGAUUAUGAAGAUUUCAACCUUCUUACCUUCCAUAAACCCAUUCCUUCAUAUAUUUCCACCAAUUUCAAAGCUGAACCAUCUUUUCAUAGAGAAGGGAAAAUUCAAUUGAAUAACUCACUAGUAGCAUUAACUUUCAGUGAAGGCCAUAGUGAUAACAUUGAUAAAUUCUUUGGGCCAAGAACCAUGGAUUCCAUUAGUGAGGUCAGUUUCGAAGCAGCACAAACUAUAUACUGUGAAGAUAGAAGACUACCAGAUAGUUCUCAAGGACUGUAUCUCACCCUCAGCAAAGCUCCAAUCAACUUUGAUCGCCUUCAAAAUUUAAAGGACCAGCUCCCAAAUGUCUUUCCUCCUGAGGUUUGCACCAAAAUUGCUAUCAGCUUGAGGGACAGCUCCAUGCACAAGAGCACUUCACCCAGAACACAUUGUCCUACGGAACCACCCUUCCUUCAUGGCCAAAAACAAAACCAAAAGAACAACUACACACCAAUAGAGAUCAGCUUUAGAAAGCUUCCUAACAGACCAAAAAUAUGUCCAAUGCAGACUGUACAGGCAAGGUUUAGGACACACGACUCCCCUUCACCUCCACCAAAACGCAGAAAAUCUUCUCCAGCUAGAUUAAGAAAUUCACCAAAGCCAGCAGACGAAGAAGAGGAAAACACUGAUGCACAGUCUGACACUAAAAGAGACAUAAGAAAUAUGCUAGAGGUAAAAAAAUGGCCGCCAGAUGAGUAUCCAGAAGAUGGUGUUGAUCUUGGGGAAGAGGCUGAUCAUAAUCCAUUACCAACUCCAGAAAUUAAUUUACUAGAGCAAUCACCAGAUGUCCCACCAAGAACAGGGGGAGGUUCAACAUCUUCCAUGAGUAUACCCUCAGUUUUUCUUCCACAACACAUUGCUUCAGAGAAGCCAAAUCGCCAUUUACUUCAAAAACGAAAUUCUCAAGAAAAGUCAUCGGCCGGUCUUCAUUUAGAAUUUCCUCAGGGUCCAUCUUGCCAGAACCUACCCUACCCCUGUCCAUUUUGUGAGAAAGCAUAUACAUCGUGGGGUUUCAGAAGACGUCAUAUUAAGGGUUAUCACACUUCAUCACCAGAGUUGCCCUGCAAAUGGUGUUAUAGAGUGUUGCCAUCACAUCAACACUGGGAGGAACACGUCACACGGAAACACAACCUUGCGAUGGAUGAUGCGCGUAAUGGUCUGCUGAUCUUGGAGGAAGCACAUAUGGUGCUACAGAUUGCACAGCCAACUAGGAUCGAUUCCCUUAUGUUAUUGAUAAAAAAUAACAAAGAAAAAGAGGGAGAGGAGAAAAAAGAUGCAGAAAAGAAAGACACACAAUCAAGUCAGCCACAGAAGGAGAAAAACAAUGAAGGAAAGUAAAGAAGUUUUAGCCUCCUGUACUGUAUUUAUUUAUUCAGGGAUGUAAGAUUCAUAUAACUUGUAUUUUCUUAUGAUUCAUAGGGAAAGUUAGAAAACAUUUUUGUCACCUUUGAAAGUACAUUUCAGACUAUUUUGUCUUCCUGUUUUCUUCCAUGACAUCUCCCUGCACAAAACAGGGUGUAUGGUCUAAUACUCAGUAAAACUCCAUUUUGAUAUAAUGCACAAAAAAUAUUUAUAGUCUCAUUUUCAUCAUCAUUUUAUUCUCAUUCAUAAUGUGCACUUUCAGAAACUGAUAAUUAUUAAAACAUAAAAAUAACAAAAUGUGCCUUUGCUAAUAAAGGUUUCUGAGAGUUGCAGGGGUUAAUAAUUAUUCUUAGUGCAUUGUCUGCUGAGGAAAUUUGCCCGUACAUGAAACACAUUAACAAGCAUCAUGAUCUGGUGGAUUCCAGCCUAGAAAAACUUAUAAGUGAUGUUCUUGCAGAAAUUCCACAUGCUUAUACUUCAGGUUCUGUGAUUUAGUUUACUUUUAUUUACUUUGAUUGUUUGUACAAAAAGGUACUCCAUAUCCUUGAGUAUUAAUGAUUCUACAGUAAAGUAGCCUUUGUCUAUUGGCUGUUAUCCAAUCCAAGGAGCUUAUUGUUUACACCUACUUCAGAGGUCUGGUUAAAAUAUAAAUAUAGUGCCAUCGGUGUGUAUUCUGUGAGUUGUGCAACACACUGUAGAUAGAACUAGAGAUUCUGUGCAGCAUCCCUAAGCUGUGUUGCUUUCUGCCUUUUACUUUUCAUCCUUACUGUUUGCAUUUCCUUACUUAGCUGUCAAGAAUAAGUUUGAAAAGGGAAUGUUCUGUGAGAAGAGUGGGGAGGGGGACUUUGGUCCUCAAAAGGAGGUCCAUAACUGUCAUAAGGGAUGUACUUUACCCAGGUCCCCUGCUCACUGUUGCUGCCAUUUCAAUGGCAUGAUAAUGAUAGGUUUAUCUGGACUGGCCUUGGAGAGCUGAAAGAUGUUUUGCUAGUCUGAUUAAAUUACUAUGGAAUUAUUAUCACUGGUAAAGAAGAAGAAGGUUCUUAACACGAUUAAUGAGCCAACAACACAAAUCCACAAUAAAGAUAAGUCUUCUUUCAGAAAUCAGAGUAUUAAGAAGUGUGACAGCCCAUGAUGGAUAAUGACUGAUUUAUGGUACAAAAUGAUGGAAGAUCACGCCAUAAUUGUACCACAGCAGUAGUAAAAUUUCUAGAAAACACUGCAAUACUAUUCAUAAUUUUUAGAAGCAACAGCACCUAAGCCAAUACCAUUAGUUUUCCAUUUGGAUAAGCUUAGAAGACUGUCAAAAUCGAUAGUUUUUGACAUUGGUUUAUAUCCUAACUAACACUUGGAAAGAAUAGAACCACUAUUCAAGUUUUUUAUUUAAGAAAUGUUGUGAUGCCACAUUGAGUAGCCAUAAAUCAAUCAAUUGUCUAAAAUGAAUAUAUAGAAAGCUCCUGACAUUCAGAUAGGAGUGUAAUAUUCUGGAAAUGGAAAGUUGUAGAUCUGAAGUAUAUGGGUUUGGUAAUGUCAUGGUGUAACAAAUCUGGCAAACGGUAACUAGCUUUUUGUCUGGCAGUGUAAGUACUGUGGAAAAGAAAAAAUGGAAACUAGCACUGAAUUUGUUAAAUACGUAUUCCCAAUCAUCAGUGUUGCCCAUGCACAGUCUAUGAAAAUGUGAGUAUAGUAUACAAUAAGCCUAUCAGUUUUAGUUUUGUCAAGUCUUACAUCCACGUGACUACACCACUUCCUAGCUCUACAUCUUACAGGGUUAACAGCAUCAUAUCUUUUGGUGGGAGGGUAAAUAAUUGUAUUAAGAGUUGUAUCACUUCCUUACUCUACUAUUUAAUUUCAUUGGACUAAAACUAUGUCGCAUCACUGAUUAAGAAUGAAAACGACAAAUUGCCCAAUAAUUUUCUAGAAUUGUAAGAAAUUAAUAAGAAGAAAAGUAGUAUCAGAUGUUUUCAUGUGUUUACCCAAUACAUACUUCUCAUGAUUCAGUUCCUGAUUGUAGAGCAAGCAAUGCAACCGUAAAUUACAAGUACUGGAUACAACUCCCUUAAAGAAAUGUCAUCAGGCUUUUCAGUUUUCAGCCUAUCCUACCAUAAAUGUUUUACAAAGCUGUAACUUGUUAGAUGAUAGUUGAACUAUAUUUCUAUUAUAAGAGCAUUCUUUCAAGCCAUCAUUGUGAAGCUGAGAUUUUAAUUUUCAUUUCAAUUCAGUGGUCUGCUUAAACUAACUAAUAAUAGUAUGUACAUACAGUGUUUCACCACUGAAAAUCUGUCUCUGAAGAAUUUAAAAUGCAGCCUACUGUUCUAAUUUAAACUCUGAAUCUCAUCUCUGACAGUUGAUUCUCGUAAUUUAAAUAUCCAUUUAAAAAUUCAUGACCUUCAGCAGUUAGAUACAGAAUCAUUUUGUUUGGGUGGUGUUUUCUUAUAUUUCCAAGGGUACUCCUUUAUUUUUUCUCUCUCUCUCUCUCUGGUUAUAUAUUUUUUAUGAGAGAAUAUGUACAAUAGCACUGAUGAUGGAUGGUAGAAGAAUUUUGCAUCGCUUACAGUAUACAGUAUUUAAGGAAAAAACAAUUUUAGGGAUAUUCUUUACAACGUAGACUUCAUUAAUUACAUAAGACAUUCCUCACCAUUGAUGGUACACAAUUCUUUCGUGCUACUGCAUUAGAUACUUUUUUUCUUUCAUUCCCAAAAAAACUAUUGUUGCUACAGUAUUUUGAACAAGUAGUACACCAGUUUUAGUGAACCAGUGAAGAAGGGAAUAACUGCAAGAUAAUAAAUAUUGUUAUGUUCAAGAAAAACAUCAAGAAAUAAUUUUUGUUAUAUACAUUACAGGCUCAUAUGUAAAAUCAGAAUACCUUUAAAAGAAAUGGUGAGCUGUGAUUUUCCAUAGUGUAUCUCAAGAAUUUUACUAUUUUUGUGAGUUGGUUGGGUUGAUUUUAAAACACUUUUUUUAGUACAAUAUUGUGUAUUAUACCUAAUGUUAUUAGGGUACAUUAUUUCAUGACAUUACAAUAUUAAUUGAAACGGGUGUCAGUUCACUGAAUGAGUGAAGUUUGGAGAUUUAGCUUACCCUGAUUAAUCCUAGUAAACAGGCUUUGAAAAGAUCAAGCAAAAAUUUCACAAAAAUAAUAUAAGCACAAAAGAUGCAACUGCCAGUGCUUGGUAAAUAUAUAUUUUAGUUAUUACUGUACUGUACUUAAUUCACAAAGAUAAAAACAAAUUACUUAAAAUUACUACUACAGGCCUUGAAAAAAAAAUAGAACCUGGAACACAGGUUGUGGUACUAUUAUAUCUACAGUAGGCAAAAUACUUUUUUUUUUUUUUUUUUUUUUUUUUUUUUUGUGGGGGGGGGGGGGGGACCUAUGAAACUUGUCAUGUUUCAUCUAGAAAACCUUACAUCCUGUAAGUUGCUGGUCCUGUACAAAAUUACUCAAGUGAAGUUGAACUUACAAUUGAGUACAGCAGUUGCAUCUUUUAUUUUGCUGAGGCUAAAAUUGUAUCAUAUUCAUUAUUAUUAUAUGUAAAGUACUUUACUCAUAUUACUGAAUUUAAUUCUACUUUUUUUUGGCUCAAUUUAUUUACUACAGAGUGAAAGUUUAACUGGAUCAAGUUUGAAAGGAACAUAAUUUGCUAAAUAAUAUUUAAACUAUACAGUAUUUUUACAGAUAAACUCUUCAUGUCAGCUAUGAUAGAUUUUACCUCAGUGGUCUGGAUAAAUUAUUAAUAAUGAUACUGAGCAAGGCUAAGUUAAAAAUUUACUGAAAUCCUUGCUGGGAAGAGAAGAAAGAUAAUGGUGAAAGUAAAAUUCAGACAACUAUGCAGCAGUGUUCUAAGGGAGCGGCAAAGAACUUUUGGUAGUGUCUGAAAUGUGUUGUACAAGGUUCACUGCAGGCAGUAAAUCCUCAGUCUUAUAAAAGAAGGUAGAAGUGCAGAUGUGCAUACAUCCCAUAAAGCAUCCUUUUCAAAACCGUCUAUAUCAUUUAUCUAGAAAAAUUUUUGUUUGCGAAAGCACUUAAAAUUUGAUAGUAUAUUUGGUGUAGCAUAUCUUGUGCACUUCUCAGUCUUUUGUGCAAGGAUUCAUGCCCAAAGAUUUUAUAGAGGUAUUGUUGAAUGAUGUAGAUGUAAUUAUCUGUAAUUUUUUCCAUUUUAGGUAGGUAAGGGAGAGUUCCACUUACCUUACCUUUACCUUCACUGUGUUAUGAGAGAACAUGAUUAAGUAAAUCAUGCAGGUCAGGGAAAAUAAUAAUAAUAAAAAAAUCACCAAAUUAUGAAAACAUCUAAUUAUUUACUAACUGGUAUCUGGAACCUUAAAAUAUAUUUCAUCUAAUAUUUAAGGCUUAUUGUCAUUUGUUAUAUUGGAAAACCUAUGUAAUGCUGGACGCAGUUUAUUCAUCUGGAAAUGUCAUUUAAAUGAAGAGUGGAAAUGGUACCUCUGCAAGUAUGUUAUCAGUAUAAAUAAUUCAGUUCUAACAUUGUUUUGUUACUGUAUGCUGGUAGAAAAUAUAGAAUUUGGAGUACAACUUAUUCCUAAUUGUUCAACUUUGAUCCACAUUCUUCACCAAAUUAAAGGAGAAAAUAAUGUGAAGUUCAUAACUAGGAAUUAUUCACAUACUUCUCGGCUGUGGAUUCAGAUCACGUAUGUGUACAAUCAUUUUGUAUAUACCAUAAAUUGCCAGAAAAUCAUGUUUUGUGUUUUGAUACUUUAAACUUUGUGCCUUCAAAACUGUAGUUUGGAGAAGGAGAAUGACAAUUUAUUAUGUUCAUAAAUUCAUUAAUGUCUUUCUCAGGGGAUGACUGAAAAUGACAAGCAAUAAGGUGCAGAUUAUCCAAGUUGACAGCACAAGAAGUAAUUCUAACCCAUAAUUGCCAUAUAGACUUGUGAUACAAAGCUCUAAUGUGCAGUCAUAUUUUGUAUAGGUAGACAGACUCCUAGAAACAUGAAAGUUCAAAAUUUUUUUGAAAUGUAGAUAGUUGCAUGUCCAUAAAUACUUUAUAAUUUUUUACUUGAAUAUUGUGUACUAUUUAAAUACUGUAACUAAUUUUCACAUUAAGUAAUACCUAAGUCAUAAUAAAAAUAUAAAAUCCAA